GGUCAUAGUAACGCCAUAUUGUGGUGGGAGAGAUUUCUCGCAAGUAGAAUAACAAAUUCGGUAGUGGGAAUUUAUUAGAAAGAAGGAGGAGCAUUUUGUCGAAAUUCUAAAAGGACAUAACUGGUGAAAUUCAUUUUCCAGCAUGUCUGGGCAGAGUGUUCUUGACCGUGUGGUUGCUGCCAAACAUACAAUCACCGGUUCCGACAUUGACAAGUCCGUCUGCAAAGCAACGACCGAAGAGAUUAUGGGGCCGAAGAAAAAGCAUCUUGAUUAUUUAAUGCACUGUUCAAAUGCACCACAGAUAAAUAUUCCAGAACUUGCUGAUAAAUUGACCAACAGAACAUUGAGUCCAAAUUGGGUUGUGGUCUUCAAAUCACUUGUAACAUGCCAUCAUCUAAUGAUAUAUGGCAAUGAAAAAUUGAUACAGUAUAUAGCUACCAGAAAUAUGGAUUUGAAUUUACCAAACUUCCUAGAUAAAACUGGAGUACAAGGAUAUGAAAUGUCAACAUACAUCCGAAGAUACGCAAAAUACGUCAACCAGAAAGCAGUCUCAUACAGGCUGGUUGCAUUUGAUUUCUGUAGAGUGAAAAGAGGAAAGGAAGAUGGACUCUUGAGGUCAAUGCAAACAGAAAAACUGCUAAAAACAUUGCCUAUUCUUCAGGAACAGUUAGAUUCGCUACUUGAAUUUGAGGUAAAUUCAUCACAACUGAGCAAUGGGGUGAUAACUAGCUGUUUCAUGCUUCUCUUCAAAGACUGUAUUCGACUGUUUGCAUGUUAUAACGAUGGCAUUAUUAAUCUUUUAGAGAAAUUCUUUGAAAUGUGUAAAAAGGAUUGUAAAACUGCAUUGGACUUAUAUCAGAAAUUCCUUAUUCGAAUGGACAAAGUUUCAGAUUUCCUGACUGUUGCAGAGACAAAUUCUUCUUUUUUGCAGCAAGUGGGUAUAGAUAAAGGAGAGAUUCCAGAUUUAGCAAAAGCUCUCGACUUACAAAGCAGUUCCCAAUGGCUGAACGAUCUUGUAAAGGCUCCAAGCAGUCUCCUUGAUGCAUUAAAACAGCAUGUACAGUCUCUGGAGUCUAGCAAAAAGGUGCAGUGGGUAAAACCUGCCACCAUUGCAUCAGCAGUGAAUGCAUUCUCUUCAAAUCUAGCCAACAUUGAUCCAGAUGAGAAAAAAUUAGCAUUAGAAGAGGAAAAAAGCAGGUUGGCAGCAUUGAAAAAACAUACACACAUGCCUCAGUCUGCAGUUGAUGUCAACCAAUCAUCUACAAAUAACAACCCAUUCAAUGCGAGUACCUCACCGACAGUAGCAGCACCAGCUCCAGCAACAACCCCAAGUCAAGAUCUUUUUAGUGUUGUCCAAACAAAUCCAUCGCAACCGCAACAAACGACGAGUAAGCCGUCAGAGGACCUGAUGGGCUUAGCACCCAAUCCAAUGGCAGCUGUCCAAGCAACGUUACAAGCCCAGUCUCAAAUGAUGCACCCCGGGGUACCAGGAAGCUCUCCUUGGGGCUCGCCGAAUGGCGUCAUGAAUUCUCAAGUAUCGGCAAAUUUCGAACAGGCAUUUGGUUCGACGCCGGCGCCAGCUGGCCAGGAGUUACUCGGUGAGAUAAUGCAGCCGAUGAACAAGCCAGAAGAAAAAGCACCGACCACCGACGGUCUCAUCUCAAAUGGAACGUCGAAAGAUAUAGACAGCACUCUCGCUCAAUUAGCUACCAAUCUUGACAUGAAAGUAGGAACACCGAAAAACUUGUUUGACUUGGAUUUGACCUGUGCUGGCAAACUGAAAGCUGAUCACCAAUGGACCAAAAACCCGUCAAGGAAUGUGAAGACUGGUGGUGCUAACUGGACUCCCCAGCAAACCACGUCAACAACAUGGCCGCAAGGGCAGCCAUAUAUGGACGGAAUCCAGACUCAACCACCUAAACCGGGUGGUCAACCAGCUGAUUGGAGAGGAGGAGCAUUUUCAGGACAGUUUGUGGCACCUGCUCAGCCAAUGAGCGCAAGACCAGCUGUUCCAGGAAUGGGAUAUAACGCACCUAUGGCACAGCCAAUGUACAGACCACCAUCGCAGCAACCUACUGAUCCAUUUGGAAGUCUCUGAAGGUAAUAUUAUAUAAUAGUGUGUAUAAAUAAAUUAGCUCCUCGUCAAGAAAAUGGAAUAACUAAUCUUUCAAGAUACGAAUGAAAUAAUCAAGAAAGGAACAUCAAUGAGGUUAAUUGUAGAGAUGAUUGAAUAAAAGCUACGAAGAAUCAGUGAGAAGCAUUAUGGGUUUACAACUGGCCAGUGAUUUCUGUACUAAUACAUUAUAAACAAUGAAUUUAAAUUAACGCUUAAUUUCAAAAAUUAACUGAUCAUGAAAUGUUGGAGGAAAAAACAGAACUUUCCCCAAAAUAUAAUUUACUAGUUGUUUAAACUGUUUUGAUGCAAAAGAAAUUUGCUUUUGUGAGUAUAUGUAAUUGAAUAUCAGAAAGAUUAUGUUCAUACACAUUUUCAGAAAUCAUGGCAGUGUUUUGCAGAAAUUUUACUGUAUUUGGUUUUUUAACCAAUUGAAGGGAUCAAUGAUAGCAUUGAUUUCAAGUACAUUUUAAAAUUUAAUGUGUAUCUAUUUGUAGGUAUACCACAAUGGAAAGAUUUUUUUUCUUCUUACAUCUAAAGUUAUAAAUAGCUGUAGACUUACAUUUUAUGCCCUUGUUAUGAGGCUCAUACUACCCACUCCAUUCACAUCCAAAAUUACACUACCUGCUUCUGCCGCCCCCACUCCCUGUAUAAACACCAGUUACUGCCAUUCUUCAUAAACAUUAUGCCAUUCCUAAAAUUAAUAUAAAGUUGAAAUUUUCUGUUUUAUUUUGCCUUUGUUUUUAGAAGUGUGAACCAAAUAUUUUUUGUUCCAGCAAUACAGACCACAUAUAUUUCACUAGGACCCAUAUUAAUAAUAUAAUUAUUAGUCUAGUUUGAGAAUUAUGGUAGUAAAUAGUAACCAUAGGCCAUAGAGGUAGGAAAUCACAGUUAAAAUAUACUUUUUUGUGACUAUUUUUUUAAUCAUUUUUUUUAACAUGAUGAACAAUUGAUAUUUUAUCAUAUCUCUUUUGCCUUUGUAUUCUUCUAUUGAAUACAACAACAAUAUAUAUUUCUAUUUGUGUUUUUUAUUAUUUUGUUUUUUUCUCAUAAUAUAAUAUGAUUAAUUGUAUAAUAUAAAUGGUAUAUUAUAAUAUGUGUUGUGUUUUAUAUCGGUAGCGCAUGUUCCUUUGAAAAGUCCCAGUGGUAACAUGUGAGACUUGUAACAAUAAUUAUAAAAAAAUACUCAUUAAGUAAUUAUUAAUUAAUAUGUGGUAUUUAGAAUUGUCUAUUAGGGAUGUUUUAAAAUCAGACAUUAAUAAUUUCCAUACAUAUCUUGGACAUGUUAUCUUGUUAUAUUGAAAGAUAUUAUAUUAACUCUCUUUUGAUUUUUAAUCCAUUCAAAAUGUAUACGUUCUAUAAAAUUUGGACUUUUACUUAAAAUUUAGGAAAAAUGACAAAGUGUGAUAGAAUUCUUUAGCUCUUGUCAUUAUUCUUAGUAAAAUUUAUGAUAUAUUCAUUCAUUUUAAAAUAUUUGCUGUGUUACUAAUCGCAGGAAAUGUAAAUUCAAUAUACGGGCCACAAAAUAUACUUCACUCUCGUAGAAAUACACAUUUGACAUUUUGUGUGACAAUUCUUGUGAGGAAACAUGGGCUUGUGAGGACCACCAACAGUUAGUUUUCUAUCCUUUGUUUAACCAAAGAUUAUUGUAAACAUUCAUGGUCUAAAUAACAAGUAAUUACUGUACUGUAUUCCUUAUAAUAUUUCCUUAAAAUGUUUUAAGUGGAUGGGAUAAGUUUCCACAAAAUAAAUCUAUAUACAAUACAUUGUGGAGCUGUAAUUGUUCAUUCAGUUAUUUAAACUGAUAUAAAUAUUUGUCCUGUAAAGCAUUUAGUAAAACAAAACAUGUUUAAAUUUAUUACAUACAAUAGUAUACAUUAUUCUUAUAGUGUAUUGUUAAUAUAUGGUUGUACUGUAUAACCUUAAUGUUAGUUUUAUUUUUUUCUAUCAACGUUCAGCAUAUAAAAGAAGUAUGAAAUAGCAGUCAAUCACGUCUGCAGAUGUAAAAUAUUCAAGUUAUAAAAUUAUAAAUUUACAAGUGAUUAUAUCACACCAACUAUUAAUAAUAUUUUAGUUUAAAAUUUUAUUUUAGAAUUGGAUAAAUGUUCCAAGUAGAUUCAAUUUAAGAUACAAUUUCAUAUGUCAAAAACAUAGGUUAUCUUUAUAUAAUUGAGAAGAGCAAGUGUGUUACGGCAAAGGUUUUCAGUUCCCAUUGUUCACUGUUGCUCAAUUAUAUGAUUAGGCUAGGGAAUCAUGUAUAUUUUAUGGUGGUUAGUAAGUAGUACACAUGUACUGUACACACAAUACAGUAGUACUUUAGCCAGCAUACAUUAUAUUCAUGAUAAUUUGCUGGUUUUUAAGAAAACUACAGUAAAUAUGUUUGUCAUUAUUGCAUUAUUACUGAAGUGGCCACAUGCUUUGGAGGUGGAUGAUGUCUGGUCCGUACUACAUACAUAGUCUUUGGAGGCAAGUAUUUUACAUGGUCUUGUCAGGCAAAAAGGUAAUGUAAUACAUGAUCUUUAGAAGCAAGUUCAUAAUGAAUGGCCAAUAUUGUGUGGUUUUGUAGGCAAGAAUAUAUUGAAUGGUCCAUAAUCCAUGGUCUUAGAAGGCAGGUAGAUUAUAAAUGGUCCAUAGCAAUAUGUUAUUUUUGGAGUAAAUGAAUUAUUGGUUUGUCCAUAGAAGACAAUUAAUGAUUGGUUGAUUAUGUGGUCUUGUGAGAAAAGUAGGUACUGUACACAUUAUUGAAUAACAUGUGGUCUUAUGAAUGGGCCAUAAUACAUGGUCCCGUGAGGCAAGUAGACGAUGGUCGAUAACAUGUGUUAAUAAAUGGUCCAUAGUAUGUGGUCUUGUGAGGCAAGUACAUAAAUGAUGAAUAAAUAGUCCAUAUGAAAU